GUGAGCUGCGUAAACAUAUGUAAUACAUUAUGUAGUUUUUUUAUAAAAAAUUGAAAUAGUACUGUUUUGAUAUGAUAAGAAAUAAUAUUGCAGAUUACGAGGAUAGUUACCCAAGACUAGCUCCUAGUCCAACUACAGUAGUAGAACAAACUUCUACCAAACUACAAUCUGCUGUGCCCGAACUAUCUUUAAUAUUUACAAACGAUGAAAAAAUUUUAACUCCAAGUCUGAGUACAGUAAAACAAAAUAAGUGCAUUUAUUCUUCCGGCUUUAAUGUGACGAUCCCAUCGAAAGCGUCUGUUCCAGAACUCUCUGUUCUACAAAGCAAUCAGAAAUCUAAUGAACAUUUUGGUUUACAUGACGAUUUUACUUUAAAAUGCGUUUCAAAUAGGAACAGUGGACAGUGCUCUUUACCUACCGACACGUUUUCAGUGUUCAAAAAAGAAUUUGAUAAGAAAAUAGCUUCGAAUUUGAUAAAAACAACAGAAAAUUUAAAUUCUGCUAAACAUAGUAUGCCGAUCCAAUUUACUGAAUGUGAUAAAAAUUCUUCAAAUUGUGAAACUACAGAAAUUAAAAAGAAAAAUGAAAUAGACAUUCAAAAUAAAAUAAACAUUGGUGCGAGUAAGUUAAACGCUGAAGUUGGCACAGAAAAAUUACAUCAUUGCAACUGUUCUACUUCGGAAAAUAUGUCUGCGAGGAUUACUGAACUGGCGGAUGAAAUUAAAAACAUGUCUGUAGAUAUAAAACAAAUACAGUAUGAUUUUAGAAGUUUUGAAAAGAAUAUAAAAGAUGAUUUACCGAAAAUUCUCACUGAAAUAAUUUCUAAGCAAUUUUUCUUAAUUAGGGAUGAUAUUAAUCCCUUGCAAAGGGAAGAGAAAGAAUUUGAUACAAGUCUGACGAAAACUAUUUCUCCGGAAAGAGAAUUUCAUAUGAAAGAUAACAUUCGCUUUAAAAGCAAAAUUUAUGAAAAGUCGCCAAAACCAAAAAUUUUUGAAAGAUCAGCAGAUGAGGAUUUAUUAACUGAUGUAAACGCGUUCUUGGUAGCUAAGAAAACUAAUUUAAAUGAGAAUUCCAAAAAAGUUUUCGCACAUAAUUUAUUAGAAACUCUUCCAGAAAAUUCUCCUUUAAUAAUACCUUCUGAUAGAAGUUUAGUAAUGCAAAAGCUGGCCGAAAAAUAUUUACCACAAAAUUAUUGCAAAAAUUUUAUAUUAAACUUAAAUGCAGAGAAGUCAGAUCAAAAAUAUCUUAAUGAAUUAUCUUUUGGGUCUUACGAUUAUAUGAGGAAAUAUAAUCUGGUACUGGAUAGUCAAAGUGAUAACAUGGAAACGGAAUGUAAGAAAGGCAAGGAUUUUCUUCGUGAAAAUUUCCUAUUCCUUAAACACACGGAAAAGGAACCGAAAUUUUCGUAAAAUUUGCAAAAAUCUUGUAGUUUUACAAUAUUAAACUUUUAAAUA